AUGGGCUUCAAUCACGUCACCAAGAUCGUUGCGAUUGUUGUGGGUGUCUCGGCAGGUGUCGUCAGUGCCGUGGCCGUCAAUCCACUGCCGGCGCCAACAUCCAUAACCUGGGGAACAUCUGGUCCGAGAGCAUUCAACGGACGAAACCUUCAACUGACAGGCACAACAAACAAAAUUGUUUCGGAUGCCUGGGAUCGCGCCUACAAAGCAAUUGGCCUUCACUGGUCCCCCCAAGCAACAGAGGCCCCAAUCGGGACAUUUGCUCCAUUUCCAACUGCUGUUGCACAGAAAGUGACCCGCAGGACCACAACUCUGAACUCGGUGGAUGUUCAAAUCGCAGACACCAAAGCCCCCCUUCAACACGGCGUCGAUGAAACUUACACUCUUGAUAUCACAUCUACGUCUCAAACUGUCAGCAUUACAGCCAAAACCAUCUGGGGUGCGCUCCACGCCUUCACGACGCUGCAGCAACUCGUGAUCGCGGACGGGCAUGGCGGACUCAUGGUCGAGCAGCCUGUAUCUAUCAAAGAUGGACCUCUGUAUCCUUAUCGAGGAAUCAUGAUCGAUUCUGGGAGGAACUUCAUCUCUGUCAAGAAGAUUUAUGAGCAGAUUGAUGGCAUGGCCUUGUCCAAGCUGAACGUGCUGCAUUGGCACUUGGUCGAUUCUCAGAGUUGGGCCGUUCAACUGUCCUCAGUUCCCUCGAUGACCUUGGAUGCGUACUCACCAAAGGAGAUCUACUCGCAAAAUGAUAUCAAAGAUGUCAUCAAAUAUGCGACAGCUCGUGGAGUACGCGUUAUCCCAGAGGUUGACAUGCCGGGUCACGCAUCUUCAGGGUGGAAGCAAAUUGACCCCGCAAUCGUUGCCUGUGAGGAUUCUUGGUGGAGCAACGACAACUGGCCACUUCAUACAGCCGUCGAGCCCACUCCUGGUCAAUUGGAGAUCUUGAACCCAGAUACUUACAAAGCUGUCACUAAGGUCUACAACGAGCUCAGCUCCGUGUUUUCGGACAACUUUUUCCAUGUUGGUGGUGAUGAAAUCCAGAAAGGCUGUUACAAUUUUUCAACAAUCACCAUGGACUGGUUUAAAGCUGAUUCAUCUCGUACUUAUGACGAUUUGCUGCAAUACUGGGUUGAUAAGGCUCUGCCUAUAUUCAAAUCCUCGCCCAACAAAGAUCGCAGACUUGUCAUGUGGGAGGAUGUCGCCAUCGGUGCACCACAGGCACACACCGUACCCAAAGACGUUAUCAUGCAAACCUGGAAUUCGGGGCUCGAGAACAUCAAGAAACUCACCUCAUCCGGCUACGACGUAAUCGUCUCUUCCUCAGACUGGUUCUACCUGGACUGCGGUUUUGGAGGUUUUGUUGGCAACGAUCCCCGCUACAACGUCCAGACGAACCCAGACGCGGCAACAGGAACCCCCAAUUUCAACUAUGGUGGCGGCGGAGGCAGUUGGUGUGCCCCCUACAAGACAUGGCAGCGAAUCUACGAUUAUGACUUCACGAACAACCUCACGACUGCUGAAGCCGCACACGUGAUUGGAGUGACGGCUCCCUUGUGGGCAGAGCAAGUCGAUGAUCAGGUCAUCAGCACGAAGUUUUGGCCGAGAGCUGCAGCUCUGGGUGAGUUGGCGUGGUCGGGCAAUAAGAAUGCGGCGGGAAAGAAGAGAACUACUGAGUUGACGCAGAGGAUUCUGAAUUUCAGGGAGUAUUUGGUUGCUCUUGGCGUUGGGGCUGCUCCUUUGAUGCCGAAAUACUGUCUGCAGCAUCCGCAUGCUUGCGAUUUGUAUUAUGACCAGACUGUGGUGCACUAG